UCCAAAAUGUUCGGUUAUCCAACUGGUUCUCUGGUCACCCUCGCCCUUUGCUCCAUUCUUUGCCUGAAUGGAAUCGAAGGCACCCAUCUGAGGUUUCCGGGACCCGCAAGGAGCAAAUCCCUGCCGCUAAUCCUGCAGAGACAGGAGCAGGCCCCAUAUCCACCUGCUGGCCUGGUGCCCGAUCCGCCAUUCGAGCUGCCCACGGAGGAGGCGGUGGAGUUCCCUCAACCGGACGUGAUCUAUGGACCUCCAGCGGACACCUACGGACCGCCUGCUGUGGUGGAGCAGCCCGCCGAGGCUUACGGUCCUCCUGCUGUGGUGGAGCAGCCCGCCGAGGCUUAUGGUCCUCCGGAUCUGGUCUACGGCCCGCCCGAGCAGACCUACGGACCCCCAGAACAAUCAGCCAACGAUGACACCUCCAGCAGCUCGCCGCAAAGUGCAGCUAUUAUCGACCUGGCCAGUCUGCCGCUGCCACCCCAGGCUCAGUAUGUUCUGCCGCUUUUGAACCGCCUGGCUGCCUUCCGCCCGCAGCGUCCGGUGCUCCUGACUCCGCAGCGACGCCCUGCCAAGCUCUCUUCUCGUCCACGACCGAAUCCAGCAAAGAUCGUAAAUUCCAUUAAAAAAGCUCCAGUGUUCCCAGCGACCCCGUUGGCUUUGCCCUUCGUGGAUCGCCGCAUUCCUUUUCGUCCACAGCCAUCUCGCCUCAUAGUGAAUGCACCUUUUAGACGCCCAUCUAGGCACUAGACCAGAUCACUUAACAUUCUGACCCCGAGCAUAGUGCACCAAUGAUAUUAUUACGCUGUAAAUAAAGUUUGUUGUUUAUGUCUAAUUUGCG